AUGAGUGCGCCCGUCGAAGCCCGGUCGAUCUCCUCCUUGAGCGCCCUCUUUGCAAACCCUCCACGAUACCCGCGCAAUCCCACACAUCAAACCCAUGAACCCCUCGUCCUCUACAUCGUUCGGGUUCCCGGCAGCAAAGAUGUGUUCCUCACACCGCUUAAGCCGCCUACCAAGGCCUCCAUAAGCAUCGAGGCCGUUCAGUCAAGUCUGUACUUCCUUCAUGUGGAGCGGCCGGAGGAUGAAGAGUUGCGAAAGUCUUUGGAGGCCACCAAGGCUGCUGAAUGUCGCAAUAAAGAGAACGUUCCUAUUCAGAGGAAGCCUCUCCCUCCCACACCCUAUGUAAACCAUCCUGCCUCGCAACGGCCUCCCACUCCUCCAAAGAGUUACCCACACUACCAGCCCGCAUUGUCGGGGACUCAAACGUCCACGCAAGCCGACCGGUAUGCUGCCAGACGCACUCACUUGAGACUGAAAACAUCAGAGGCAACCAGUCACUCCGGAAUCACUCGCAAGCCUGUCAGUGCCCGACUAAUGCGGUCGCCUGCUCAGCCGUCUCCUGGCACAACUCCGGAGGAGGGUGGCAACGCCUUAACCCCUGCUGGUGAUGCGCAGAUGAAGUUCAAAUUGGCCAGGAAGCCAGUCCAGUCGACGUCUCCAGCUGAUGCCUAUGAGCCGAACCGCGCAAGCGCGGAUAAUGCUUCCUUGCGCGCGAGCCCUGUGGGACAAUCCAGAGGAUCAGAUCCUGGUUUCACCAGUGCUGAAGCGGGUAGAUCCUCUCGCUUGUUGCGUAUCACUCUUAUCCGGAGGGACCCCACGUCUGGCAGUCAAUGGAACGUGGGAAGCAUAAUCUAUCCUGGGCCGGAGCCGCAAGGUAAUCCUCUCAGAGAGUUCGAAAUUGAACUUACUUCUCCAGGAUAUGUCAAGUUCGCCCAACUGGAAGGAGAUUCGGGGCAUCUAUUAAAAAGAAGAGUUGCUUAUAUGCUUAUUGCUAACAAUGAAGGUUCGCCCCUGACCAGGCAAAGGAGCAACUCUUCGGAUUUCUUCCACCAUACCCAUUCUUCCUCCAACAAGAAACCGCGCCAUGCCUUCUCCUUCGUGUCACCGUGGCAGGGCGUGUGUGCAUUCAGCAAUGGUGUAGACGGCAAAAGUAUUCGAUGUCGACACACGCUGCCGCCUGCGAACCCGUCAGUACCGACGAUGGCAGUUGACGUCGCAGAGCUCCGCUUCAAUCUGCCCUGGUCUUUUAUGCGACUCAAAGAUCCCCACAAGCAGGAAAACAAUAAUUCAGAGAGCAUACACCCGCCGCGGUCGUCAAUGGCGUCCAAUCGAGAACAAUGGAGACGGAGUUUGCAGACCCUGACUCAUAAAGCUCGCAUGCAAUUGUCGCAUGUCGAGAGCAGCGACCACACCCCGCGUCUCACCCAUUCCAGAAAAGAUUCUUCCCAGUCCGAUCAGUCGGUUGAGGAAGAUCGGCUGAACCUCGAUCUCGGACGGGAGAGAGCUGGAGGUGGAUUCAAAGGAAAGAGUGCAAAACUGGGCAAGUUAAUCAUUGGUGAUGAAGGCUUGAAAAUGUGUGAUUUGGUUGUGGCAGCGAGCAUGGGGGUAUGGUGGCAGCAUUAUGCUGGGGACUUGUCGCAUGACUGA